CCUCCUCGCGCAUUUUUUUUGCACGCUGGCCUGAGGAACCAAACGAGCCUGCCCUUGCAGCUUCAAGUGUAAGGGGGAUCUAUUUAAUGUCUGCCGAUCUGAUUUGAUAUAAGAGCCUGUAUCUGCUUUUCGUGCAGUCACGAUGAUGAGGUCCCUCCAAAUCUUUUGUUCCCUGGCGCUGUUGCAGGCAGUUGCGUCGCAGCAGAUUUGGGACAUCUGGCAAACUACAUGGGAUAGGGACAUGCUAUUCACGUAUUCCCAACCUACGCCGGACCCCAUUAAUUUCGUUACUCCUGGCGCUAUCGGGAGCGCGGACAUCGCCGUCGAUGAUUCCUCAGUAUACCAAACCGUGUAUGGUUUCGGAGCAUCAUUGACUGAUUCUUCUGCUGAGUUGUUAAACAACUUGAAGGUACAGAAUGCUGGAGGUUAUUGGCAGCUCAUGGAUUAUUUAUUUAAUGCUACGGAUGCUGCUAACUCAGCCGGGUUCUCCUAUAUCCGCGUUCCACUCGGAGCGACAGACUUUUCUGCAAAUACCUACAGUUAUGACGAUAUCAGUGGAGACACAUCACUGAACGAUUUUAACAUCAAUGCUGCACCAUCUAACGUUUUCUCAGUUCUUCAAGAUAUUCUAUCUAUCAAUCACAUGGCCAGAUUCCACAUCGUGCCUUGGUCGCCGCCCGGUUGGAUGAAGAGCGGGGAAACUAUGCGCGGAGGCUCACUAAAUACUAAAUACAUUAACACAAUGGCAAACUACCUCUUGAAGAGUGUGCAGGCAUUCUCAGACAAGGGGAUUCCCAUUUACGCAAUCAGUAUCCAGAAUGAGCCGGAAUACAGUGACUCCACAUACCCGACUUGCAACAUGCCGGUGGCAACUGAAGCACAGAUUGGGCUGGCUCUGCGCACGCUGUUGAACAACUAUGGCUUUUCGGGUGUCAAGAUUAUUGGUUACGACCACAAUUGGGUGGACGCUGCCAACUAUCCGGUCCAACUGAUGCAACAAGCCGGAAGUGCCUUUGAUGGAGUGUCUUUCCAUUGUUAUCAGGGUUCCGUCAGCGACCAGGCUUCGUUCACGUCUCAGUAUCCGAACAAGGAAGUGUACUUUACGGAGUGUUCGGGAACCCUUGGCAGUGACUGGUGGAGCGAUAUCAAGUGGUACAUGGACAAUAUUUUCAUCGGUAGCAUCUCAUACGGAUCCUCUUCCGGAUUGAUGUGGAAUAUCGCACUCGAUGGAAGCGGCCAGCCAUUACUCCCAGGUACAGACAGCUGUGGGGGCAGUGGAUGUCGUGGUGUAGUCCAAAUCAACAACAAUGGAACCUGGAGCGUAAACCAAGAAUUUUACUCCAUGGCUCAAGCCUCCAAGGCCAUUCUUCCUCGCGACGUCGGCGGUCCAUGGGGCCGGCGAAUUGGCGUAAGCGUCGGCGGUUCGCUUGACUGGGCUCUUGUGGUCGGCGCCUACAAGACGGGCAGGGUUUCGUCGAGUGAUUGGAACAGGUACAGCAUCGUCGUACUGAAUUGGGAUGACAGUGCAUCCACCAGUUGGAAUCCUCAGCCUGUGAAGGCCACUAUCGAGUUCAGGGGUAUGCAGGCUACAUACACAUUUCCCGUCGGUGUCACCACCCUUUGGUGGUAUGCUGCCAACUAGUUGUAUCUUGAUAUUUUUGUUGUAUUUUUUUUACGUUCCUGGGUGGCCGUGGGUUUACUUUGAUUUCAUGUGGGCUUUUCUGUAUUAUU